CAAAGAUGGCGGCGGCGGCUACAGGCGGAGCCGGCCUGGCCUCGUCCUCCCGCCCGCUGUCGGCGGGACGGAAGCGGGGCCGCGGAGCCGCCAUGCCGGGGGCGGCGGGGGCUGCUGCUGCCGCUGCUGCUGCUGCUGCCGGGGCUGGCGGCGCUGGAGCCGCUCAGCGUGGGGCUGGCCAUCGGCGUCGCCUCGGCGCUCACCGGGUACCUGUCCCACCCCAGCUUCUACUGCAGCUACGUGGAGUGCUGCCCCAGCGCCGGGCACCGCCUCAACGCCACCGCGCUGCGGGAGCAGCUGGACGGGCGGCUGUUCGGGCAGCACCUGGCCAAGGAGGUGGUGCUGCGGGCCGUGACGGGCUUCAGCCACAACCCCAGCCCCAAGAAGCCGCUGACGCUGUCGCUGCACGGUUGGGCCGGCACCGGGAAGAAUUUCCUCAGCCAGCUCCUGGCGCAGCACGUCCACCCCGCCGGGCUGCGCAGCAAGUUCGUGCACCUCUUCCUGGCCACCCUGCACUUCCCGCACCCGCAGCAGCUGCAGCUCUACCAGGAGCAAUUGCAGAGCUGGAUUCGGGGCAAUGUCAGUGCCUGUCCUCACUCCGUCUUCAUUUUUGAUGAGAUGGACAAGAUGCACCAGGGCCUUAUUGAUGCCAUCAAACCGUUCUUAGACUAUUACGAGCAGGUUGAUGGGGUGUCGUACAGGAAAGCCAUCUUCAUCUUCCUCAGCAAUGCUGGUGGUGACUUAAUUAAUAAAGCAGCACUUGACUUCUGGACAAGUGGGAAGCGCAGGGAAGAGAUACAGCUGAAAGACCUGGAGCCUGUGCUAUCUGUAGGAGUCUUCAAUAACAAGAACAGUGGACUGUGGCACAGCAGCCUCAUCGACAGGAACCUCAUCGACUACUUUGUUCCCUUUCUGCCCCUGGAGCACAAGCACGUGAAGAUGUGCGUCCGAGCUGAAAUGAAAGCCCGUGGCCAUGCUGUCGAUGAGAAGGUAGUGGAGGCAGUGGCUGAUGAAAUGACGUACUUCCCAAAAGAAGCGAAAAUCUACUCUGAUAAGGGCUGCAAGACUGUACAGGCCAAGCUGGAUAUUCAUGAAGACAUCGCAGUGAAAUACACGAAAGCCAAGGAUUGAUUACCCUUCACCUCUCCAAAGCACUGCCAGAGCUUUUGGAAACUUGUCUAUUUGCACUUUUUAUUUUUUUUUAUUUUAUUUUUUUACUAUUGCAGGGAGUGUGGUGAAAAUCUUGGAGAGAGCAGCGUGGGCUUUUAAACUUUUUUUUUAAAACAUAAAAUCCCACUGUUCAUCUCUAAACUGGCUGAUAUCCAAAUAUUGCCCCCUUUUUUAACCUAUAGAAAACUUCUGAGCAUGGCACACACAGCGCUGGAUAUAGCCUCUCCUGAUUUAUUAAUUGCUGGGAUUGUUAAAUCCCUGAUUUGCCUUUCCACAAAACAAUUCAAAACUGAGGAACUCUUGCAGACAAUUAUACUCCCUUCCAUGUACACGGAAGCUCUAGUUCAUGGGCUAGCCAAGUUAGAGGAGUUUAUGGCGUGAUCCUGCCUGUGAUAGCGUCUGCAAGGGUACACACCUCACCAUGUCACAGUAAGAAAGUGCAGUGUUGGGAGGCUCCCUGUCCUUCACAGCAGUCUGAUGCUGUUGUGGCUUCUACUGAUGAGAUCCAGCUAUUUAGGAACAGAACAGCAGGAUUAUAGUUUGUGUCUGUUACAUCCUAGCACAUCUCCUGCUAUGGUAAUACAAAAAGUCACGAUGGGCUCAGAAGAUCUGGUACUAAAUGGGGGAGAAAGGGAAUGAAUGUAAUUACUUGCCACUCCACUUCUUUGGGGAAAAAGAAAUGGUGAUAUUUUCUCUUUUAAUACUUUUCUGAGGGGACUGAGUGAACUUACAUGGUAACUCCAGGGCGUCUGUCUUAGCACAGGGACCCAGCAGAGGGGUCUGACUUGCAACCUACUAGGCUGUUAUGCUCUUCUUAAGCGGAAAACUCUCAAGGAUUUGACUGCUGCAACUUGUCAGGUUACUCUGGGCGUGUGUUCCAGGGCCUGAAGUCCUCAAGAUCUUCAUCAGUCCCCCGAGCUGCACCCAAGAGCCUAGGCGUGGGUAAUCCUCCUCUCACGCUGCUUGGAAGAUACUUCCAUGGCUGAAGUUAUUUUUAAUAGUGUAUUUUUAUACUGAAGUGUAAGCAACAAAAAUGCAAUGCUAGAGAACCAGAGAAGGGAGUAUGGGGAAGGAGAUCAGCCUCCGAUAACCCCACACCUAUCUAGUGAAGUAUGUUUUAUAGUAGCUUUUAAUACUAAGUGGUGUCUGUGUGGAAGGGCGGGUGAGCGUUUAGGAGGCUGGGAAAGAUUGAUGUAACCUUCACGUGUGUGGUAAGGCUGGGGUUUAGACGUUGUUACAGCUUCAAUUCUUUCAUCAUCUAUCCAUCCCUCGUGCAGGGCAGAAGUACCUAUCACCUGUCUGAGUGCAGUGUUUUUAAACUGUUUUAAGGGAGCGGGCUCUUUGAACUGCAGCUUCUAAUCCCUCACCCAUACUUAAGCUUAAAAAUGUGAUGCAAAACUUAUAGGCAAAUUAACAUACUGAUGUUGAGAAGUUACAACAGGGAACUCAGUGUUUAUGUAAAGCUCUAAAUUAAAAGUGUCAAUUGCCUUUUACAGCUCCACGUGGAGUUUGUCAAACGUUGGCAAACUCUUUGACACUGAUGCAAUCUCCAGAGCCCAAUGCUAGCUAGCCGUUAACCUUGGGACAUUGGACUGUUGCUUUUCCUAAGUAGCGUUUUGCCUCUUAACUGACUUAUUCGUAGGUGUAAAUGUCACCAGUUUCAGUUACUCCAAGUGCCAACUAUUUGUACAGUUUCAAAACACUAAGUAAUACUACUGUACUGCAGUUGGAAUAAAUCUUAAGUCACUUUG